AUGUCGGAACUCUGGGGUCGAAGGAUACCUCUGGUGAUUGCAAUUGUUGGCCAAGGGAUACUUACAAUCGCAUGUGCAGUCGCAACAGAUGUCCAGACCUUGAUCAUCUGUCGAUUCUUCGCAGGAGUUUGCGGCGCCAGUCAACUAAAUGUGGUGCCUGGGGUGCUCGCCGAUUUAUACAACAACACCUACCGAGGUGUCGCUAUUUCUCUGUACGCACUGACAGUAUUUGGGGGGCCGUUCAUAGCUCCCAUUGCUGGUAGGUUUACCGUGUCCAGCUCCCUUGGUUGGAGAUGGACGCUCUAUAUACCUGCUAUCCUCGCCUUAGCCAUCGGCGCACUAUCACUGUUCUACUUGAAAGAGACCUACCCUCCCUGUCUCCUUAUCGACAAAGCUUCGUCUAUUCGAAAAAGAUCAGGAAACUGGGCCAUCCACGCGAAACAAGAAGAGCUUGAGCUCGAGGUCCGCACCUUGGUCGAAAAGUACUUGACGCGGCCGCUGAGACUCCUCAUCACCGAGCCCGUACUUCUCCUCCUCUCGCUUUACAUGUCCUUCAUCUAUGGCCUGGUCUAUGCGUUACUUCAGGCAUAUCCAUAUGUUUUUGAGCAUAUUCAUGGCCUGGGCCCGGGACCCGCUGGGUUGAUGUUCGUCGGGCUCAUUGUCGGCAUCGUCCUGGCCCUUGGCUUUAUCCUCUCGCAACAGAGGCAGUAUACCAAGGAUUUGCAAGAGAACGGAAACGUCCCUGUCCCAGAGUGGCGGCUGCGUCCAACCAUGAUAGGUGCCCCAGUAUUUACUGUCGGUCUCUUCUGGUUUGGCUGGACCGGAUUCACGCCUGAUAUCCACUGGGCCGCCCCAGCAACCGCCGGGAUUCCUAUCGGAUUCGGUGUCCUUUGCAUCUUCCUGCCGUGUUUCAAUUAUCUUGUGGACGCCUACCUGCCGGUUGCCGCGUCCGCCGUCGCAGCCAACAUCAUGCUCCGCUCGGCCUUCGCAUCAGGAUUUCCCCUGUUCACGCGUCAGAUGUUCGAAAACAUGCAAGUACAAUGGGCUGGGACCCUUCUCGGCUGUCUAGCCGCGGCACUGGUCCCGAUCCCCUUCGUCUUCGAUAGACUUGGGCCGCGGCUACGGCGCCGCGCUGGAUAG